AGCCUCCAUCACUGUGAGAACACUGCCUUGCGCCACUCCCUACAGCCCUUACGGAAGCUGCCUUUUAGAGCCUUUCGCACAGAUGCCAGAAAAAUCCACACUGCCCCUGCCCGAAGCGCGUUCCUGCUGCGCCCCCUGCCCAUUCUGUUGGCGACAGGCGGUGGAUAUGCAGGGUACCGGCAGUAUGAGAAGUACAGGGAGCGAGAGCUAGAGAAGCUGGGAUUGGAGAUUCCACCCAAACUCGCUGGUCACUGGGAGCCCUGACCCUCUAACCUGCACCCUGCGAGCCACCGAGACUGAACCAAUCCCAGGAAGUGGCGCCACCAACCGGCCUCGUGGAGGCAGAGGCCCUGAAGCAGUGACAGCACAGGAGAUCCUCUGGCUCCAGGGAAGGGGAGGAAAGAGGAAAACAAAGGGAGUGAGCGAGUGAGCCUCGCCCCACCCUCCCUGCGCCGGCCCAUGAUGUGUCAGUCAGAGGCGCGGCGAGGACCAGAGCUCCGUGCGGCGAAAUGGUGAGAUGCUGCCCACCGCGCCCUAACCCCACGGCUCCCCGCCAUGACCUCCGGAAGGUCAGAGUUCACAUCCAGCGGCCUCGCAGUGGAGGUGGCGGCAAGGGGACUGGUGGUCAGCCCCCGAGGCUGGAGGGGCCCGGCGUGGGGGGCCUGAGCGCCCUGAGUCGGAGAGCCCGCUUCAGGUUGCACUUCCCCCAGCUGGCCCUGAGGCGGAGGCUGGGGCAGCUGAGCUGCAUGUCCAGACCCGCUUUGAAACUGCGCUCCUGGCCCUUGACCGUCCUCUACUACCUCCUGCCUUUCGGCGCCCUCAGACCGCUCAGCCGGGUGGGAUGGAGGCCUGUGAGCAGGGUGGCUUUGUACAAGUCAGUGCCGACACGUUUGCUGUCACGGGCCUGGGGCCGCCUCAACCAGGUGGAGCUGCCACACUGGCUGCGUAGGCCUGUCUAUAGCCUGUACAUCUGGACCUUCGGGGUGAACAUGAAAGAGGCGGCCGUGGAGGACCUGCAUCACUACCGCAACCUCAGCGAGUUCUUCCGGCGCAAGCUGAAGCCACAGGCCCGGCCUGUCUGUGGCCUGCACAGUGUGAUCAGCCCAUCGGAUGGAAGGAUCCUCAACUUUGGGCAGGUGAAGAACUGCGAGGUAGAGCAGGUAAAGGGGGUCACCUACUCCCUGGAGUCAUUCCUGGGCCCACGUACCUGCACAGAGGACCUGCCCUUCCCGCCAGCCACCUCAUGUGACUCCUUUAAGAACCAGCUGGUCACCCGAGAAGGGAACGAGCUCUAUCACUGUGUCAUUUACCUGGCUCCUGGGGACUACCACUGCUUCCACUCUCCCACUGACUGGACUGUGUCCCACCGACGCCACUUCCCAGGUUCCCUGAUGUCAGUGAACCCUGGCAUGGCUCGCUGGAUCAAAGAGCUCUUCUGCCAUAAUGAGCGGGUGGUCCUGACGGGGGACUGGAAACAUGGCUUCUUCUCACUGACGGCUGUUGGGGCCACCAACGUGGGCUCCAUUCGUAUUUACUUUGACCGGGACCUGCACACAAACAGCCCGAGGCACAGCAAAGGCUCCUACAAUGACUUCAGCUUUGUGACGCACACCAACAGAGAGGGCGUCCCCAUGCGCAAGGGCGAACACCUGGGCGAGUUCAACCUGGGCUCCACCAUCGUGCUGAUCUUUGAGGCCCCUAAGGACUUCAAUUUUCAGCUGAAAACAGGACAGAAAAUCCGCUUUGGGGAGGCCCUGGGCUCCCUCUAGAGCCUCUUUCCUUGUUAUGGCUGCUAAGGGAUCUUUUCCAAACACAGAGUGAGGGUCUUUUAGAGGGGAAGGCCCAUGAGGCCAUCCAGGUAAGGGCCUGCCUUGGGGUGGGUGGGAGUCUGACCAGGUAGGACUUGAACGAUUCAGCUCCCACAAGUUCCAGAGGUGUACAAAAGAGGGGGUGAUAGCCCUGUCAUGCCCUCAAAGUAUCCCAUUCCUUCCCUACAAAUAAAAAGUGCAGGCUGGAAUGAUCUGUCACAUUUGGAGCUUUUUAAACAUUUGUAUAAAUGGGAGACCCGCAUUCCUGACUGAACCUUCAGUUGGUCUUGUCAUUUUAAGAUGACCGGUAAUAUCCCUUCUUGCUGCUCCUCUCCAUCACCUGGGCUGUUUUCUGUUGGCCCAUUUUGUUUUUUGGCCUUAACUCUCCUGCUGCACAGGGUGAGGUGCCUCCUGGGCACAGACUGUGGAAGCCCUUCCCCUGCCUCCCCCAGCAGAGCCACACAGCCUUCAUGACAACUGCUUUCUGUUCCCAAAUUCACCUCAUCCUGCUCUUUAGAAAAAGCAAUCUUUGUGCUUGUGGCUGAAUGCAUCACCCUGGACUCUGCCAGUGUCUUCCGAGGACUGAUUAAUGAUACAGACCUUUGCAGGACCUGAUCAGUGACCGUCUGGAGCUGGCCAGGUCCUCUGCAGCAGGCAAGACCGAUCGCUGAACCUGCCUCAUGGCGCCAUAGUGAACAGAGCAGGCAGGUGGUAGGCCCAGCUAGGGACAGGGGAGAGUUUGUGUCCCCAUUCCCAUAUCCCUACGUGAAAUAUGGGAAAGUUGCUGCUACGGAUUCAGGGUCUGUCUUGGAGGCAGAGGAGCCUUGGUGGAUGGCUGGUCAGUACCUGGAAAACCUGUCCCAGUGGACAGAGCCAGAGUUCAUGCUGACCCUGAGGACAUUGUGAACUUCUCCUGCAGGAGAGACAUCAUUGAAUUUUUUCAACUGUAUCAGUAGCACAGUAUUUUUGUAUGAAAAGUGGGAGACUUCUGAACAGUAAUUCAUUUAAUUGCAAAACAUUUUGAAAUAAAAAAAUAAAAGUCAUAA